CAUAAACUAAACUCUUCCACACUUCCUGAGCGUGGGGGAAAGUAGCCCGAAGAAUAAAAACAGUCCAAAUCAGCAAUCGGGGCAGAGAGAAAGAAAUGAAAGAUAAUAUCCACAUUUCGUCACUCACACUCAACGCUUUAAAACAGCAACAAUCGCCACCGCUAAAACCAAUUCGUUUUAAAGAAACAAGUUGUUAAUUUGGAGUUAGUUGAUAUUUGUAUUUUGUUUUGCUGACUUCUCUCUAGUCGCUAUCCAAUUACAUUUAAUGCACUUGUUUCAAGUUUGCACCAGUGAAAAAGUGGGUGCCCACAGAGCAUCGGGAAGCAUUGGAUUCCUCAACCUAUUGCGAGACUCCGGUGUACAGCCCGGACCUGAGUCCCAACAUGAUCGCGGCUCAAGCCAAACUGGUCUACCAGCUAAACAAAUACUACAACGAGCGAUGCCAGGCUAGAAAAGCUGCGAUUGCCAAGACCAUUCGAGAAGUGUGCAAAGUGGUCUCCGACGUCCUUAAAGAAGUAGAAGUCCAAGAACCUCGCUUCAUCAGCUCUCUUAGCGAGAUCGAAACGCGCUUCGAAGGCUUGGAGGUGAUCGCUCCAACAGAAUUUGAGGUGGUCCUCUAUCUAAACCAAAUGGGGGUCUUCAACUUCGUGGACGAUGGCUCACUGCCUGGCUGCGCCGUGCUAAAACUGAGCGACGGACGCAAGAGGAGCAUGUCCCUUUGGGUCGAGUUUAUUACAGCUUCAGGUUACCUAUCAGCCCGAAAGAUCCGUUCCAGAUUUCAGACCCUAGUGGCACAGGCAGUGGACAAAUGCAGUUACCGAGAUGUGGUGAAGAUGGUUGCGGACACAAGCGAGGUAAAGUUAAGGAUCAGGGAGCGCUAUGUAGUACAGAUCACGCCAGCUUUUAAAUGCACGGGCAUCUGGCCCAGGAGUGCGGCUCAGUGGCCCAUGCCGCACAUUCCUUGGCCCGGUCCGAACCGGGUGGCCGAAGUCAAAGCUGAAGGUUUUAAUCUCCUGUCCAAAGAGUGUUACUCCCUGACAGGCAAGCAGAGCUCGGCAGAGAGCGACGCUUGGGUUUUACAGUUCGGCGAAGCUGAAAAUAGGCUACUGCUGGGGGGCUGUAGGAAAAAGUGCCUAUCCAUUUUAAAGACUUUGCGCGAUCGACACCUCGAGUUGCCAGGCCAGCCCCUCAAUAACUACCACAUGAAGACACUAUUACUCUACGAAUGCGAAAAACACCCCAGAGAAACCGACUGGGACGAGUCAUGCCUUGGCGACCGCCUCAACGGCAUACUGCUCCAGCUCAUCUCUUGUCUCCAGUGCCGGAGGUGUCCUCAUUACUUUCUUCCAAACCUAGAUCUUUUCCAAGGAAAGCCUCAUUCGGCUCUGGAAAGUGCGGCUAAACAGACAUGGCGAUUGGCGAGAGAAAUUCUUACCAACGCAAAAAGCCUCGAUAAGCUAUAGUAGAACUUACAUUUCCAGCAAACAUGUUCAACAAUUAUUGCAAGGUACACCAAUUUGAACUUAGUAAAUAAUUAAAACAAAGAGAUUUGAUCACCAAACGGACUAGAGAUGAGAGAGAUUCAAGGUACAUUUUAAACUAAAUGUGACAGUAUUGUCUCGAUGUUGUCAGCCUGUGAGGAACCUUUAUUUAAAAAUGCAGUCUUUUAAAGGCUAAGAAAAAUUCUGUGUAAACUGUAUUUUGCGUGCCAACCUCGGACAUUGUGCCCCUAAAAUAAACGUGUAAUGGUAAUAAAAUUAUUUACGUUACCUGCAUUUUUGUCCGUUAAUUUACAUCUGAAUAGUUUCAUUUAGCUU